AUGGAUCAUAAAACAGACAUGGGUGCUUAUGGAGAAAAUUCUAGUGUCCAAAAUAGCGGAAACUAUAUAACUAUUAUACCCGUGGAAUAUUCCCGACGAGGAUAUCCAAUUCAAACGGAAUAUCAAUAUAAUGAAUUCAGAUCGCGGGAGGAGUAUUAUAGUGUCCAAAGUCAGAAGUUACAAGCGGAGGUGAAUGCUCAUUUGUACUCCGUUUCUCAGCGUCUUCCUCACUUAUCAUACAGCCCGCUCGGAAGACAUAAUGACUGGGACAAACAUGAUUCCCACAAACCACUACCAGACUCCAAAGAGAGUAAUUCCUCAGACUCUUUGGAGAAAAGUGUUAUGGGGUCGAACCUCAGCAGCUGUUCCAAUCAGACUGGGUCCAGUAUAGCGGCAGGUUCUUUUAGCACCACCGAACCCAUCACCAGCGGGGGUAGUUCAGCCAGUGCCAUAUCACCGCCCCUGCCUGGUUCAUCAGGUUCAUCAACUAGUAGCGCUUCAAACCUGGUGACCUGCGUGUAUCUGAUGUCGAAGACCGCGGUCAUGGUGGAGAUGAGCUCGGAAGAAGUUCCAUGGUGCGUGACCGCUGGAAGGUUGCUAGCAGCUGUUCUAUCAGCUGAGGAGUUGGGCCUUGCUGCACCAGCUAGGAGCCUCGCUGCCAGUGUAUUCUCUUUAUGGAUGUGCAGUCCGCUAUUAGAGAUUCAACUCAAGCCACACCAUUGUCCGUGGCGAGUGUGGGCGGCCUGGCAGCAGCUGUUAGUGCGUUAUGGACACGGCUCUCCGUCAAGACGAGCCAAGGACCAACCCGUAUUAAGGAUGCAGAGAAAUGUUUUCUUCCCCAAACAUCUAGAAGAAGGAAUAAAGGAUUCAAAAAUUCAAGAGUUAUUAUACGAAGAAGCGAGAUACAACGUGGUUAAUGGAAGGUAUCCAUUGGAAAGCGCUCAAGCCGUCAUGUUAGGCGGACUGCAAGCUCGAAUACAACUAGGUCCAUAUGAUCCUCAUAGACAUACCGCUAAAUUUUUCAGGGAGCAUCAGCGCGAGUAUCUACCAGCACACGUACGUCGUGGUGGCUGGGCGCGUUUAGUACCGGCAGGUCGCAAGGGCAGCCCUGAGGCACGACUCCUUGAACACGCCCAGCGACCUCCAGCCGCGCCGCCACGGAAACUGAGACACAAAUACUUGACACACACACGGACACUACCUACUUACGGGGCAGCAUUCUUCCAAGGUCAGAUAGAGCAGCCUCUCCGCAGCCUGACCAGUCUGCUGACCCACGAGGACAUCCCGGUGCUGGUCGCUAUCAACGCGUAUGGGGUCUACGUCAUAGAUGACACGGAGAGUACGGUACUACUUGGUCUACUAUAUGAAGAGCUCUCUUGGGAUAUCGGUCUACCGUCAGAUGAUAAUGAGGACUGUCUGCCGUGCCUCUUCUUACAAUUCAUGGUCGUGGAGAAUGGACUGCGAGUGUCUAAAAUACUACAGGUAUUUUCAAAGCAGGCGAUAAUGAUGGACACUUUAAUAGAACACUUCGCUGGUGAAUACAGAAGGAGAAUCGGUCAAGACACUCCCAGCGAACACGCCAACUAUGAUUACCACUCAGAUUCUGGAAGCAUUUCUCUCCCCCCUCUCUCCCGGCCGGAUUCCCCCCAGAGGCGUCUGGCUAACAAGCUCAGUCGGCUGGCGCUCGCCACACACGACGGACGUGGCAACCUGCUGGGGGGCGCUGGAGACUGGAACAGCGGGCUGCAUCACCGACAACCUUCUUGGAUACUACCCAAACAUUAG